AUCAACAUUCCAUAAAGUUUCAGAAAAAAAAUUGAAUUCCUCUGAAAAGGUGUGUGUGAGAUCUGUCUGAAGUUUACACUGAGUAGCAACUGACUAUUUUUGUUUCCGUCGUUUGAGAACAUUUUGCAAUUCUGUAUGUUCCCGAGCAGAAGGAACCGGCAUUUUAACAGUCUGUUUAAAACUGAGAUACAAGUGCCAUAAACUGCACGCCAAAAACAAUGGACCAAGUGCCAGCAAGUGUCUGCGUGUUGUUUGUUGCUGUGACCUCAGCUCUGAGUUCGGGAACACUCCAGAGUCACAUGCCCAAUGUUUGUGCAGAGAGGGAGGUGAUGAUGAUUGGCCACAGGCAGCCAUGUGUUCAGGCCUUCACUCGGAUGGUUAAAGUCUGGAAACAAGGGUGUGAAAGACAGAAGUGGUGCGUGGGACAAGAGAGAAGGACUGCAUACUAUACAGCAUACAGACAGGUUUACAGUAUGGACUUUAAGGUGGUCUUGAAGUGUUGUCCAGGGUGGAUACAACUCAACAAUGAAGCUGGAUGUCUCUACCCCAUUUGCAGUUAUGGUGUAUGCUUUAAUGGUGGCAAGUGUAUUGAGGGAAUGUCACAGUUGUGCCACUGCCCACAGGGUUUCCAAGGUCCUCGUUGCCAGUAUGAUGUAAAUGAAUGUGAAGAGAACAAUGGAGGAUGUGAAAGUCAAUGCUGUAAUACCAUCGGUAGUUUCUACUGCAAGUGUCAGGAGGGUUUAAAGUUGAAAGCCGAUGGGAAAACCUGUGAAGACGUGGAUGAGUGCCAAGUCCAUAACGGAGGUUGUCAGCACAAAUGCAUAAAUACUCAGGAAUCCCAUUACUGUGAGUGUAAACCAGGGUUCCGGCUUCACACUGAUGGGCGUACCUGUCUUGGUGUCCACUCAUGCUCGAUUGGUAAUGGAGGUUGUGAGCAUGACUGUGUUCAACUGUCAGUAGCACACUACCAGUGUAAGUGUCGGCACAACUAUCAGCUGAAGAAAGAUGGAAAGCACUGUGAACUGAAGAAUCCAUGUACAGAUAAGAAUGGUAGCUGUAUGCACAAAUGCCAUAACUACAAUGGAGUCGCCAAGUGUGAGUGUCACCCAGGAUACGGAUUGUCUCAUGAUGCCAAAGGAUGCGAAGAUAUUGAUGAGUGCAUGAUUGGAUUAGCUGAUUGUUCUCAUGGAUGCCUCAACACUCGUGGAACAUUUUCCUGUAUCUGUAACGCAGGCUAUGAGCUGGGUUCUGAUGGGAAGCAGUGUUACCGGAUUGAGAUGGAGAUCGUCAACAGCUGUGAAUUAAAUAAUGGUGGAUGUUCCCAUCACUGUCGCCACACAACGGAUGGUCCACUAUGCAGCUGUAAUCAAGGCUUUCACCUGGAUGCUGAUCAGAAGACUUGUGUAGAUGUAGAUGAGUGUGAUGUUGGUAAUGGCUGCUGUCAACAGGAUUGCUUCAAUACACCUGGUGGAUAUGAGUGUGGUUGUCAUGCAGGUUAUCGGCUCAGUCUGGACGGCUGCACAUGUGAUGAUGUUGAUGAAUGCACCGCAGAGAAUGACAUUUGCGAGCACACCUGCCAGAAUACAGAUGGCUCUUUCCAGUGUUUCUGCAACAUUGGGUAUAAACUGGAGGAGGAUCGAAAGAGCUGUGCACCUCUAGAUGACCCAGUGGAGGCACUCAAUGGCCGGCCUGAGUUUGGAAGGUUCCUUCCUGAGGUGAGCUUCUACCUUGGAGAAGAAUUUACCCAGUUAUUUGAUGAGGACAAUGAAGAAACUGGGGAAGGGGAAGCACGAGGAGAAUUCACCCUGUCACAGAGCUUUGUGUGCUGGGACGGGAGCUUUGGACAUGACUGCAGCUUGUUGUGUGAAGACUGUAGGAAUGGUGGCACCUGCAACGAGGCACGUGAUGGAUGUAUUUGCUCAGAGGGUUGGACUGGAAUCUUGUGUAACCAGACCUGCCCAGAAGGAACAUUUGGCAAAAAUUGCAGCUUCCUGUGUAAGUGUAAAAAUGGUGCAACAUGCGAUCCACUGACUGGAAAAUGCCGCUGUCCUCCAGGAGUGGGUGGCGAGAUGUGUGAGGAUGGGUGCCCCAAAGGACUAUAUGGAAAGACCUGCAACAAGAAAUGCAAUUGUGCCAACAAUGGGCGUUGCCACCGAAUCUAUGGAGCCUGUCUCUGCGAUCCUGGCCUCUAUGGACGCUUCUGUCACUUACCUUGUCCAAGGUGGACCUAUGGGCCUGGCUGCUCGAAUGUGUGUCGAUGUGACCAACGCAACACACUGGAAUGUAGCCGCAAGGAUGGAAGCUGCAUUUGCAAACCUGGUUAUCAUGGUAAUACUUGCCAGAAAGCCUGUGAUCAUGGCUAUUAUGGAGUUGGAUGCAACACCAAAUGUAACUGCUCAGUCGGUGUUUCCUGUGACCGUGUGACUGGUGAUUGUGAGAUUCUGUGUCCUAAGGGAUAUCGUGGAAGGAACUGCAGUCAAGAAUGUGCCAGUAACGAGUUUGGAGUGAAUUGUCUGCAGACCUGUGACUGUGGAGGAGCCCCAUGUGACAGUGUGACUGGGAAAUGCAACUGCCCGCCUGGAAAAACGGGCCCUGGCUGUAAGAAAGAGUGCCAAGCGGGUCACUGGGGGCUGGCCUGCAAGGGGAUUUGCCCCAUCUGUGAGAACAAUGGAACCUGCAAUAAGAAGACUGGGCAGUGUACCUGCCCACCAGGAUUCACAGGGAAACUAUGUCAGACCUCAUGCCCUGCAGGCCAGUAUGGCCUGGGCUGUCAGAUGCGAUGUGCAUGUGAGAACCAGGGUCAGUGCCAUCCAGUGACAGGGCGUUGCACCUGUUCUCCAGGAUGGACUGGCCAUAACUGCAGGAGAGCCUGUGAUGCCGGACGGUGGGGUCCAAAUUGUGUGAACACCUGUGACUGCAGGAACAGUGAUGGGAGCUGCAACAGUGUCACAGGACAGUGCAUCUGUGAGGCAGGUUUUACUGGUCAGCGCUGUGAUCAGAAGUGCCCUGAAGGGAGUUAUGGACCAGGCUGUCGAUACAGGUGUCAGUGUGAGAAUGAAGGUGCUUGUGACCAUGUGAGUGGAGCCUGUAACUGUACAGCAGGCUGGCUUGGAAUGUUCUGUGAACGAGCUUGUCCAGAUGGGUUUUAUGGCAUGGAGUGUCGUCAGAUGUGUGAUUGCCUCAAUGGUGCACAUUGUAACCAUAUUACGGGGACCUGCUCAUGUCUUCCUGGCUGGAUUGGAUUGAACUGCAAUCAGUCAUGCCCAGAACAUUCAUUUGGGGAAAACUGCAGCCAGUCUUGUCAUUGUCAAAAUGGUGCCAGCUGUGAUCAUGUGACCGGUCAGUGCAGCUGUCUUCCUGGCUGGAUGGGAACCACAUGUCAGAGAGCAUGUUCAGCCGGUUUCUAUGGUGCCAAUUGCUUGCAAAGGUGCAUCUGUCGUAAUGGUGGAACAUGUGAUCAUGUGACUGGUCACUGCACAUGCCCAUUAGGAUGGACGGGAGUAGCGUGUGAGCUGGAAUGUACUCCCGGAAAGUACGGACUGGACUGCCAACUGCUGUGUGACUGCCUGAACGGAGGGCUGUGUGAUCGUCAAAGUGGGAACUGUACCUGCCAGCCAGGGUGGUUGGGUGACAAAUGUGAAACCCCUUGUCCCAAGGGUACUUAUGGAGAGUUCUGUGAGGAAUAUUGCAACUGUGAGCAUGGAGCAUCAUGUCACCAUGUGACAGGAAACUGCCAGUGCACCAGGGGAUGGAGAGGGAGACGAUGCGAGAAAGCUUGUUGGCCUGGCUACUAUGGUGACGAUUGUGCGCAGCGGUGUAACUGUUCCCCCAACACCCCCUGCAACCAUGUGACAGGUGAAUGUGGCUGCCCUCCAGGAUUUACAGGCAAUGGGUGUGAACAGACCUGCCUCCCGGGUACUUAUGGACAGAACUGUAACCAGGUGUGCCAGUGUUCAGCUCAAAACCAACAGUGCCACCCAGUGAGUGGAGAAUGCAUCUGUGCACCUGGUUACCAUGGAGACAACUGCAACCUGAGAUGUCCAGACGGGAGGUACGGAUCCAACUGCGUCCAGCUGUGUCAAUGUUUGAACAGAGGCCUGUGUGAAACAGUGACUGGGACAUGUAUCUGUCCACCUGGGUAUGUCGGAGCUGACUGUAAUCAGACCUGUCCCACUGGAUACUAUGGGAUGGAUUGCUCUGCACCCUGUUCCUGUGGUGAAGGUGCAAAGUGUGACCAUGUGACUGGAAGAUGUAUCUGUCCAGCAGGCAGGAUUGGUUCCCAGUGCCAACAUGUGUGUCCUAAAGGCAGGUUCGGUCAGGGAUGCCAAUAUAUCUGUACGUGCAAGAAUGGAGGAUUGUGUAACCCAGUUGAUGGUUCGUGUUCCUGUGGUCUCGGCUGGACUGGGGCCCGAUGUGGACAAGAGUGUCCCCUUGGGAAAUUUGGUGCAAACUGCCAGCUGGACUGUGCAUGCCAAAAUAAUGGCACCUGUAAUCGGGUAACCGGGUACUGCCAGUGUGCCAGAGGGUACUACGGGAACAACUGUGAGCAUGCCUGCCCCCUUGGAUUUCAUGGACCAAACUGUCAGCAUUUGUGUGACUGCAGAAACAAAGCAGCCUGUCACCCUGUAACUGGCCAAUGCCUGUGUUCGGCUGGUUACCAUGGAGACUACUGUGAGAAAGAAUGUGAGGAAGGGCAGUACGGAGAGCAAUGUCAGCAGAAGUGUGACUGCGAGGGAGGUGCACCUUGCGAAACAACUACAGGAAAAUGCCUCUGUCCACCAGGGAAAACUGGUAGGAGGUGUGAUGUUGAUUGUCAAACUAAUCGUUACGGCCCCGGCUGCUCUUUGAACUGCAGAUGUUCCAAUAACGCUCGCUGUGACUCCCGGAACGGACACUGCACCUGCUUGUAUAGUUGGACUGGGCCUACCUGUGAAGAAGGAGGGCCUCCCAAGCCACCACAUCACCUGCAACCUGAAUCCCACGGCAACAUGGCUUCAGACAAAUCAUCAAGAUCAUAGUCAUCUGAGUGAGGCGGAUAUCAUUCUGACCAGUGCCAACCAGACUGUUUUUGAACAGUACACGUUACCCCCCUCCCCUCCACCCACCCCCCACCUGCCUGUCAAUCCUUUCAGAAAGACUGCUGGAAGCAAAACCAUUAUAUGGUAAAAUCUCAAAUUCAGAGGAAUGGCCACGGGCCUAUGCUAUUAUUCUGCCCAGUGAUAUUUUAUUAAGAAAGGGAAAGGCUGAUGGAUUUUAGGAUCCAGCCUCCUGUUGGACUCAAAGACUAAGAAAUGAGCAAGAAAUUCAAAACCAUUCCCCUCGUCAGGAAAUGCCGGUUCGAAUUCCUGAACGGUAAACAAACUCCAACUCUGUGGGUGUGGAAACCAUUUUUCAUGAACUUUUUAUAUAUAUAUAUGUGUAUAUACAUAUUUUAUUUUUAUAAACCAAAUCCCAGGAAGGCAAGAUUAAUAGAGAUUACAACCCAGAGUUUGGCGAGAUGAUGCCUAUUAAUCCUGGUUCCAAAGCAGGAAAGGAAGUGACCAUGGAUGUUAGCCAUCAGACCUCCUAUCACAUCAUAGCUGGCAUGGUGUGUUGGCCAUGGUGUCUUUCAAAACAAAAUGGGCAUUUGUAAUCUGACUUUCUUGCUUCUCAUUUACUACAAUGUGCCCACGAUGCAGGACUUCGGGAGGAGAUACUAAAGAUUAAGGAACUAGUGUGCCCCACCACAGCGUAAAUAAUAUGUGCCAACCAUUGUGGAGACACCCAGGAUGGACAUUGGUGAGCUGAAUGGAAUGGGACAGUGAUGAGAGAAUGUGUCCUAGGUAUACACUUCCAUUACAGUCUGCUUCAUCCAUCUCAACAAAGCUUAGACCAUCUUAAGCAUCCAUAUCACUGGCCAAUUUCAGCUGAUACCCAUCCUGGCUUCACUUAACUGGAUUCAGAAAAACUCGGACUUAACCAUUAAUCAUUGUCCUGCUCAUCUAGUUGGAGGUUACAUAGCUUGGCCAGAACUAUAACAGGACACAUUGAAUAAAGACUUAUCAAAAGAACAAACGUACUACAUUACAAAGUAGUUAAAAAUCAAACCUUCUGCCAUAUGGCAUCUGGUAUGGAUUUCCAAAAAAAGCAGUUGAUAAAAUGCGUCAUAAAAGGUUAUUACAUGAGAUAAAGCAUUGUGACAGGGAGGUAAUAUAUGGAUGAUAAGUGGAUUGGUGAACAUACAGGGAUCAGAAAGAUGGGAUCACUGGGGAGUUUUCAAACUAGCAGGAAGUUACUGCCUGGGCAGUAAUGUCCUUGUAGCUCAGCUAUCUACAAUCUGAAUUAAUGACUUCGAUAAAGGCACCACAAGUAAGGUAUCCAGGUCAUUGAUGACACAGAGCCAAGUGGGACAGUAAGGUGCGAGAACACAAAGGGGCUAAGAUGGCCAAUGAAGUGCAAUGCGAGGUUGUUCACUGGUGUAGGGAGAACAGAACAUCAGAAUUUUGUUUGUUAAAUGGUGAGAAACUUUUAAAUGUUGGCAUUCAAGGGAAUUUGGUUCAUUGGAGUACUCCUGCGAUAAGAGAACUGACCUAUGGUGAGGUUAGAGGAACACGAGGUGAGUUUAUUGAGACAGUAGGUUCUGAGAGUGUAUUCACCCCGGUUGGAAACUUUAGCACUAUGACUAGACAUAGUGUCAGGAAAAGAGAUCAGUGAUUUAAGACUGAGAUGAGGAAGAUUUCUUUACCUAGAAGAUUGUGAAUCUUUGCAAUUCUGAACAAUGAAGCAGCCCCCUUCAGGUAGAGGAUACUUAAGGCUGUGAUUGAUUCAUUUUUGGAUAUGGAAAUUGAUGUCAAGGAUUGGCAACAGUUGCAGGGAAGGUGAGGGGGGUAAGCUGCUGUUUUACUUAUGCUCUUAAAAAGGAAGAAUGGAAGGUGGUUUUAUAUCCAUAUUUCUUUUGUCUUUGAACAUAUCUCAAUCUCUCUGUGCUACCCUCUAUGCUGAAACUAAAGUCACCUCCUCCAGCAACCCAAUCAAGGUCCUCAACAUUACGCAAGGGCCUCAUUUGCCAAGCAUUAAAGAUUUUUACCUGCUGCCACCCACCUUACCACAUCUUGGUUUAAGUCAUUCAAUUCUGCAAUGUUCAAGCUCAACUGACUCUGUUAAUAUCAAACUCACCACUGCCCUGCUCCUAUCCCAAAACUAAAAACACACAAUAACUGUGUCAAACAUCUGUAAAGUCUUUAGGUGCAAUACAGUGUUGGCCCUCCUACAGCCAUGGAGACCUUGUCUUGUGGGCUCAUACUCUCUUUGUUCAUGUUUGCAUCAUGCCACUAAAAGGCAACUGGCUAUCCCUUGGAUUAGUCACCAUCUGCCUUUGAGGCAACAUUAACACAGUGAUGAAUGACAGAGACAAUCUGAAAACAGUCGGAGUCAGAGAAUGGACAGCCAAGCCUCCGUGACCCGGUGAGAGUAAAUAUCCUGACAUGUAUUUCUCUCCUGUAUAAACAGAACAAUGAAAAUAAAAUGGACUGAGAAAUCGGGGAUGUUCCAGCACUGGAAAAACCACCGCUGUCUCCAUGACAACCUGCUUUGAUAUCUCUUGACUUUCAAUCUUUAAGGCUAUAGUAUAACACGCUAUGGUCAGUUCAGUAUUUAAAGCAGCUUAAAAGCAGUUGCCUAUUAUUUAUUAAUCCAGUUAGUUACCAUGACAACAACCGUAUUUGAUCAUGUUUUAGGCUUUUUGAAAAUCGACUUUCUUCUGUUUAACUGCAACCAAUAGAUUUUUAAAUUCUAAGCACUAAUAAUUUUACUUGCCUGCCACCUCAGUAUUCAAUAUGGCCCCAAGUCAGCAUGGGAUAUCUGUGUGACAUUUUGCUUUAAUUAUCUCACACUGUCAGGCCGCCAUUUAUGUAAAUUAACUAGAGAGGGGGCACCAUUGUUGUAAACAACGACGAAGAGAAAAGGGCAACUUCUGGAGAACAGUUGAAGGUGAGCUUGGAGGAGAUCCAAGGUUGGGAAAUCUCCACCAGAGGGCAGCAUUUGGUUCGGAGCCCAAAUUCAAACUUGAGCCUAUGUUUUGAAGAGACACACAUGAAUGUUUGGAGCUAAGAGUCUAGACACUAGAUGGGAUAUUCCGCCGAGGUAAAAACAAUGACUGCAGAUGCUGGAAACCAGAUUCUGGAUUAGUGGUGCUGGAAGAGCACAGCAGUUCAGGCAGCAUCCAAGGAGCAGCGAAAUCGACGUUUCAGGCAAAAGCCCUUCAUCAGGAAUAAAGGCAGAGAGCCUGAAGCAUGGAGAAAUAAGUUAGGGGAGGAUGGGGGUGGGGAGAAAGUAGCAUGGAGUACAAUAGGUGAGUGGGGGAGGGGAUGAAGGUGAUAGGUCAGGAAGGAGAGGGUGGAUAUUCCAAUACCUGCCUCAUUCCACUUGGAUUGUGGUAAACGUUGGCCUAAAAUGACCUACCACAAACUCCUUACUGUAAUAGUUCUGACUGGAAUGGAGGUACUCCUGCCCUCAGGCCCAGGCUGCUCCCAUCUGCUCCAAUUACCGUUUCCUGGGAUUGCCUGGCAGAUGGAGAGGUUCACCCAGGGCUAUUUAGUGUGAAAGGCCACCCUGAUACUCAUCCAUUGGAUUGAGAGAAGUGCCUUUCCUGAACUCCAGGUGUCCUUCAAUCUCAGUCUGAGAAGCUACUGAACAACCACUGAGCAUCUUCAAGUGGUACUGCCCCUUUAGCUGCUGUUAAGAUACUGCAGUGUUGGUCUCCCACUGGAGAAAGGAAUUUCACUGGGAGCUCGCUCUGUAAUUCAGGGAAAAUCGAGCAAGGUGGAGUCAGAGGGCUGAACAGAAAUCCCCCUUACAGCAGGAGACUAUUCCAAAGGGCUGCUUUAUAUAAACAAAAGUUACAUUUGGCCCUCUCCUUUUAUUUAAGUUUUCACUGAAUUUUCAUGAACUUUGCAACAAACACUUGAAAUGAAGAAUUGGCCCAGUCCUGGAACAGUUAGAAGAUGCCAAUUGUGUGUUUGACAUGAUCUGUAUUCAAAGAGUUCCAGCUUGGCUUACACCUCACAACUGGUUGAGUGUUGGAGGUUUUUUUACGACUAAAAUCUGACUGCACCUCCUCCCGACAAUGCCCCAUGAUUUAAUAGUGAACAGAUUACCAAGUUGUUGGUGGGGCAUGUACAUCAGAGCUGAGUUUUAAUGGUCUGAAUCAGGGGAAAUCUGCUGCUUAUCGAGUCAAUGGGCACUGCAGGGAGAAGGGGCAGGAUUCUCACAGAAUGAGACUAAACAUCUCACAUUCAGCAACAGUCUAUUCUAACAAUAAAUUAAAGGUGCUAUUAAGAAUAUAUGAAUAAAUUAUCAGGGCAUUUGUGUUUUAUUCAUAUUGAGGUGCUGUAUAUGCUUGGUUUUCUAGCGAAACUGUUUAUAUUCCUGUGUACACUGUUACACCAUAAUAAAAGAAUUCUGAACUCACAAGGGGUUGGUUUUAAAUACAGCAAUAGAGACGUCCAACUGAAUUUUAACUGGUUAAUGACUCUAGUUUCUCCUGGGCCUUGAUUAUUAACACAAUAGCUAUUGCAUUCAUCAA